AUGAAUUACAUGAAUAAAUCAUGUAUGUUAUUGUCGAAAAUCAUUUCAAAUAAUGUUAUUCAAAAUUUAAUCCAGCUUUUAUUUAUCAUUAUUCUGAUGUUAACUGUCGCUAUAAAUAUGAUGUUUAUUAUUGAGACAAACAAACAAUUGAAAAAUGAAAUAUUAAAUGAAAAAACUGUUACUAUUGCUAGUCGUCAGCAAUGGGAUAGUAGUGGUGGUAUCGGUCAUACCAUUAGUCUGGAAGUAGUGUCGAGUCAGUCAAGAGCCAGUAUAACCAGUGAUGGCAUCAGUUUGUUAGAAGACUCGGACAACAGUUCAGGCGGUACUAAUGGUCGUGGCAUUCAUGUCCUAGUAUUGCACGAAUCGACCGGUUCAGUGAUGGCCGAGCGCUUGUUUGACACCUACUCGCCCCAUGAAGACGAAGCAAUGUCACUGUUCCUGUCGAUGGUAACCAAUGGCCGAAUAGUAGUCAUGUGUAUCAAAGACGAGGGUACGUUUCAGAUGAAACAGUCGACCAGAGAUCUACUGAAACGGUUGGGUUCGCUGAGAUCGCAGCAGAUCGCCUGGCGUGAUAUGUGGGCUAUUGUUGUGGUAAAGGGUGAAAAAAUGUUGGCCGAAGGAUAUAGUCGGUCGCCAGAGUUCAACAGUUGGGGCGCACCAGUUGUCCUCAGAGUGGACAUUAUGUUGACUUCGGUCAGUCGCUCGCAAUGUCGUUGGACGGACAACGAAGAUAGCGACCGACGCCGAGCUUUCUGUGCUCGGGUCGAAGGUUACGGCAGUGUCUGUAGCUGUUCAGAGCCGGCACCCAUAAGUUUUGCCAACACUGUCGACCCAUUGUCACCGAUAUCAUCGGUUCCCGUGGCUGUAGUGGCCGCUAAUCGACCGCAAUAUUUAUAUCGAAUGCUACGCUCAUUAUUAUCGGCCAAAGGCUGCAAUCCGUCGAUGAUUACUGUAUUCAUUGACGGCUACUUUGAAGAACCGCUCGAAGUGACCAAAUUGUUUGGUCUGCGAGUCAUACAACACACGCCAAUAGGUGUGGCCAACGGUCGUAUUAGUCAACACUAUAAGGCCAGUCUGACGGCCACUUUUAGUCUGUUUCCUAGUGCUCAGUACGCCAUCAUUGUUGAAGAAGAUCUCGAUAUAUCUACGGAUUUUUUCCAAUAUUUUCAGCAAACCAUUAAACUUGUUGAUGAAGAUCCGUCCAUCUAUUGUAUCAGCGCCUGGAAUGAUCAGGGAUACGAACAUACCAGUGCUGAUCCCGGUGUUCUCUAUAGAGUCGAAACAAUGCCCGGCUUAGGUUGGCUGCUCACCAGACGUCUCUACAAAGAGGAACUGGAACCCAAAUGGCCGACACCAGAAAAACUAUGGGAUUGGGAUAUGUGGAUGAGAUUACCCGAUGUCAGACGUCAACGGGAGUGUAUCAUACCGGACGUUUCGCGGACCUAUCAUUUUGGAUCGUCCGGUGUCAAUAUGAACUCAUACUUUCAGGACGUCUACUUUAAAAAACACGCCUUCAAUACUAUGAGUGAUGUUGUGCUUAAAGAUGUCGACAGAUUGAAAAAAGACAAUUACGAACAAAUGAUUUACGAUAUGAUCCGUAAGGCAGUAGUGGUCGACCACAGCAAGAGUCCGUGCGAGUCGUCAUUCAUACCGUCGUCGACCACUAAAGGAGGACAGGUUUACGUAGUGUUUAUCAAAAUGUUAUCCUCGAAAGACUACAGUUCAUGGCUAUCGUUGGCCAAGUGUUUGCAGAUCUGGGAUCUCGAUCCGCGUGGCUAUCAUAAGUCAAUGUGGAGAUUACACUAUAACGACAAUCAUAUCUUAGUAAUCGGUGUACCCAACAGUCCUUACUCUAAGUUUAAACCGUCAAGACUGACACCCAUUUACUUUAAUAAUUAG